GAACUGUGAUGUCACUGUGUGAUGUCAUAUAUGGCACAGGAGUGACGGAAUUCCGUCAGAAACGUUUCAGUUACUGUGCGCUUCACUUGUGUUCGCUGAGUUUCGAGAUGUUUCUCCAGCAAGAGAUUAACUCUGAUCGUCCGCGAUCGAAUGUUACUUACCGGGGGGCUAAAGACCACCCUUCCCGGCCCCCAUUGGUGCGUUCUGGACCACCGGCACCAAUGAAGAAACGUCCUCAGUAUGUUCCCCAGACCCAGCAGACCUCCACUCCUGAUCAUCGCCUUAAUUACAAGCCUCAGGCGGCUGUUCCUCUGGAGCAGAAGAUUCAGUACGAUCGAGAGUUUCUGCUGGGCUUUCGAUUCAUCAGUCCCAGCAUACAGAAACCUCAGGGAUUACCAUUCAUCCCUAGGGUUGUGCUGGACAAGCCCAAUAAAGAUCCAUUGGACUCUAGUUGGCAGCAGAAAUGUGUACAACAGGACAGACAGACCUCCAGACAUGGAUGGAGACGAAGCACAGAGCCCGACAACGAGCUCCGCAACGAGACGCGUAAGGUCAUCAGCGUGUCCCUGAAUGACGACGUCCAGCUCAACAAGGCAGCGAAUGCCUGGAGGCCUGGAAGGAAGAAGAGCGUUGAAUGCGGCGAAGUGCAAAAGGAUGAAGCAGAAGACCUGAAGACUCAGGAGAUGUUGAGAUUGUUCCGCAGCAUCCUCAACAAACUCACCCCUCAGACGUUUGACAGGCUGAUACAGCACGUGACCGAGCUGGCCAUCGAUACGGAGGAGCGUCUGAGGGGGGUCAUCAGUCUCGUGUUUGAAAAAGCCGUCAGAGAACCUCACUUCUCCGAGAUAUACGCAAAAAUGUGCCACCGCCUCGUAGAUCUAAAAGUCCCGACCUCUAAAGACCCGGCAGUUAACGUAGAGUUCAGAUUACUGCUGCUCCAUUGCUGCAAGGAGGAAUUUAAGAAGAACAAGGACGAGGAGAUCAUCGAGGAAAAGCAGAAGCAGCUGGAUGCAGCUACAGAGAAUGAAGAACGUCAGCAGUUAAAGGAAGAGCUGGAGGAGGCAAAGAACAAGGCCCGCCGUCGUUCUCUGGGAAACAUAAAAUUUGUUGGAGAGCUGUUUAAAUUGAGGAUGCUUAAGGACUCCAUUAUUCACCACUGCUUCGCCAAACUCCUGAAGGACGAAGCUGAAGAGAGCUUAGAGUGCCUCAGCAAGCUGCUCUCCACUGUCGGGAAAGACGCUGAUGAAAAGGACAAGACUCGCAUGGAUCAUUAUUUUACUGAGAUUGAGGAAAUUGUAAGGGCGAGGAAGACGUCCUCACGAAUCAGAUUCAUGCUGCAGGACCUUCUGGAUAUGAGACGGAAUAAGUGGGUCCCCAGGAGGGCUGAUCUUGGCCCUAAAACAAUAGAUCAGAUCCACAAAGAGGCUGCACUAGAGGAAAACGGCUCACAAAACAAGGUCCAGCAGCAGCUGAGAUCUUAUAAAGACUGGACCUGUGGACCGAUCAACAUCUGCCCAUCCAAAACCAUCAGCAAGAUGGAAAAGAUUGAGCUCAGGCCCACUGUACGCCAAGAAGAGGUUCCUGUGUCCAGUGACACCCUGGAGGACUCUGAAAAGACAAUGAAGGAGACACCUAGGGAAACACCUGAAGAGGCGCCUAAAGAAAUAUUUGAAGAGGCGCCUAAGGAAACACCUGAAGAGGCGCCUAAGGAAAUAUUUAAAGAGGGGCUUAAGGAAACACCUGAAGAGUCGCCCAAAGAAAUAUUUGAAGAGGCGCCUAAGGAAACACCUGAAGAGGCGCCUAUAGAAAUAUUUGAAGAGGUGCCUAAGGAAACACCUGAAGAGGCGCCUAUAGAAAUAUUUGAAGAGGUGCCUAAGGAAAUACCUAAAGAGGCCCCUAAGGAAACACCUGAAGAGGCACCUAAGGAAACACCUGAAGAGGCGCCUAAGGAAACACCUGAAGAGGCGCCUAUAGAAAUAUUUGAAGAGGCGCCUAAGGAAACACCUGAAGAGGCGCCCAAGGAAAUAUUUGAAGAGGCGCCUAAGGAAACACCUGAAGAGGCACCCAAGGAAAUAUUUGAAGAGGCUCCUAAGGAAACACCUGAAGAGGCGCCUUAUGAAACACCUGAAGACACAGACAAGCCUGUAUCUUCGUCUGUGCUGAAGGGCGCCCCCUCUGCUCUGGAGCUGCCACAAGGAAACUUCUCUGCAGAAGCAGAGGAGGAACUUCCUGAGGAGACAUCAAGACCAGAGAAUCAUAUAGUAGAUCAGACCUCACCUUCAGCUCCAGUGGAACUGACCAUGACUAUAGAGCAGGAGACCACCAACGAGGAGACAGUCUACAGGAAUGAUGUGAUGGCGUCAGUGAAGAAUGCGCUGGAUGAACUCAACGUUUUAAAGGAGAAUGACAUCAGAUCUGCUCCAGACAGCAACAGAUUUUCCUUUCCGGCUUUAAUCGGCGCCGCUGCCAUUCCAAGCGCCAUUAUCUGUUCUGGGCUCCUGCUUUACCAUGGUAUAAACUGGUUACGCACCCUGGUCUAAACAGCUCUCCAGGACUGUACCAUGAUUUAAAUUGUCUAUGCAAAUUUUUAAAAAUAAAAUAUAUGGUUUGGUUUGAAAGUAAAAAAAAAAAAAAGAAAACAGUACUUGGACUCUGGUGCGGUACAAAACAACCAGGCUGAUACCAGAUAGUGGAUGUGGUCCCGGUCCGGUCCCAAAUGAACUUUGGAGAGGUUCGUAUUUGGUUAAAACGUGAUCCAGCUAUUAAAUAUACUCAUUUUUUUUUUAGCUAAACCGAUGAAAAGGUGCAGUAUAAUCUGAUAUAUUAGCCAUUUAAUGCUAAUUAGCACAGCUAUGAACAAACUCUGUGUCAGCCCUGAGGCUCCACCCAUGCCCUCUCAGCAGCGCUCGACGUCGCCGGAGUUCUGAUCACCGGCCCAACCUCCCAGCUGAUCAUCAUCAGCUGGGGUAUUUAAGGGACUCCAACUCUAUAGCCAGUGCGAAGUCUUAGUUGCCGAAUCUGUGUUUCUGAGUUCUGAGCAUUACUAGAUAUCUGUUUCAUUGUUACUGACCUCUGCCUGAUCCUCGACCCCGAUUCUGCCUUCCUCUGAUACUCCUGUUUGCCGGUACUUAGACCCCUGCCUGUAUUUGGAUUUGUUUGUGUGUUGUGGAAAUAAAGAGUCUGCACCUGCA